CGAAGUCCAAAGUCUCCAGUCCAAUGUGGAGGUUCUACGGUGCUUCCUUUCAUCUCUGUCACCGCUUUCCCUUCCUCUUCCUCCUCUUUUCAUUAUAUUAUCUUCAAUUUCUCUCCUUUCAAAUUCAAAUCCAACUUCCUCUUCUCUUCGCAUUUCUUCCAUCCUCACAGUCAUUCACUUCCCAUUCUCACCCUCUAUUUAUACCUUCUUUCUGGAUUCCUUUCCUCUGCGGUAUUCCGAAAUUUCGGACCAAGAAUAAUCUGGGUUUUGAAUUGCUACGCGUGUUUCUGGAUUCAUGGGUGGUUUGGCAGGAACAGAUGACAAUUCGGGGGACUCUCCGGGGAUGGAAUUAACUGGAAAGAUCAUGGUUGUAGCUAUAAUAUUCCUCUUUUUCGUGAUUGUGAUCGUCUGCUUCCUCCAUCUCUACGCCAAAUGGUUCUGGCGGAGCGUUGAAGGAAGCUCCUCUACCACCGAUCGCCACAGUGGCCACCGCCGCCGCCGCCGAUUUGUCUUCGCACCUGGACAAGACCCGGCAAUCCAUGGCGUCCAGAGAAGAGGACUUGAGCCUGAAGUCCUCAGAUCCAUACCUGUAUUGGUAUACCAACCAGAGGAAUUCAAAGAAGGUUUGGAAUGUGCGGUUUGUCUCAGCGAGCUUGUUCAUGGAGAAAAAGCAAGGAUAUUACCCAAAUGCAAUCAUGGGUUUCACGUGGAAUGCAUUGAUAUGUGGUUCCGAUCCCAUUCUACCUGUCCACUUUGCCGGAACCCAGUCGCUUCUGAAUCCAUUGAAUCAAAUUAUAGUUCAGGUGUUCGAGAAAAUGUCUCAGACAAUUAUAGUCAUUCAUCAGACUCAGAAAGUUCGGAUGCUAUGAGCGAGGCAGAUUUAGAGUCUCAAAAUUUCCCCACAAAUGUGUUGAUUUGGGGAAACCAGACCCAAGUGAAUUCUAUUGGUGCAGGUCCUUCUCUUCAGACACCUUCUUCCUCAUCAUCGUUAGCAGCAGCAGAAGCAGAUAGCAGCAGCAACAAUAACAAUAGACGUAAUGGAAUAUUGGUGAUUGACAUACCAAGGGAGAUGAAUCCAUCAUCUUUACCUUCUACUAGCAUGUGUGCUGAAGAUGAGUUGAAGUCACCAAUGACAUCUCGACUCAAGUCAUUCAAGAGGAUGUUAAGCAUGAAGUUCAGUCCUCGUAGUCCUAGUUCUGUAGAUGUGGAACAAGGAGGGAGAGGACAGACCUAGCUGGAAAUUGUUUGACGAUUGCUGUAUUCAUUAUUCUUUCAGUACAUAUUCGCCCGAAAGGAGGCGGGAAUUGGCGUGUAGAUUAUGGUGAUUAGCAAGUCAAGGUGAAGACUUAGUGCCUGAAAGGUGUUUGAUUUCUUGUCCUUGAGAUGAAAGCUCACAGUUCCUUUUGCAGAGAGACAGGAAGAGCUCUCUCAAAGUUGAUUCAGUGUCUUUCUAAGGCUGCAUGCUCUUUGUAAUUGUAACAACUUCUUAUAAAACACUAUUAAAAAAAGAUUGCUUGAAAUGUUUAUAUUGUAAAAAAAAAAAAAAAAAAAGAAGUUUCUCUGUAUUACAAGGGUGAAAUUAUCCCUUACAUAAAUUUCGUUGUAUCCUUGAUAUAAUUUCUUCAUCAGGCUUACCUCUUUA